AUAUAAAAAUGUAAAGAUUAUCUUUUAUAAUAAUUAAUUAUAAGUUAAUUAGGUAUCUAAUUAAUAAUCUCCAGACGACGUCGUUAUUUGUGCUGCUGUCAGAACUCCAUUAACUAAAGCUAAUAGAGGUUUAUUAAAAGAUACAGCUCCUGAAUUAAUGUUAAAACCCGUUUUUGAGGAUUUAUUAAGAAGAACAAAUUUAAAUCCUUCUUUAGUUGAAGAUAUUACUGUUGGAAAUGUGUUAUAAAUUGGUUCUGGUGAAUUUUAAGCAAGAAUCGCAUCUUUUUUAGCCGGAUUUCCUUAUACUACAUCGGUUGUUGCUAUAAACAGAUUAUGUAGUUCUGGUUUAGAAGCAUGUGCUAUAAUUGCAUCUAAGAUUAAAUUAGGUUCUAUUGAUAUUGGUAUAGGCGCUGGAGUAGAAAAUAUGUCUAUGUACGACAUGAAUAAAAGUGUAGAUCCUGAAAAACUAUCAGAUGCAGUCUUUGAACAUGAAUAAGCAAGAAAUUGUCUGAUUCCUAUGGGUGUUACUUCUGAAAAUGUUGCCGAAAAAUACAAUGUUUCUAAACUAGAUUAAGAUAAAUUGGCUGUUGAUUCUCACCGUAAAGCCGCUUUUGCCUAAGAACAAGGUCUUUUUGACUCCGAAAUAGUUUCAUUUACAGUCACAGUUAAAGAUAAAGACGGAAACGAAAAAUAAGUUGUUGUUAAUAAAGAUGAUGGUAUAAGAAAAGAAACAACAGUCUAAAGUUUAUAAAAACUAAAACCUGCAUUUAAGAAAGAUGGGUCUACAACUGCUGGUAAUGCCUCUUAAGUAACUGAAGGUGCAGCUGGUGUACUUUUAGCAAGAAGAUCAGUCGCAUAAAAAUUAGGUUUACCAAUUCUUGCUAAAUUUGUUACUUAUUCUGUUUCUGGAGUUCCUCCUGAAAUUAUGGGUGUUGGCCCUGCCUUCGCUAUUCCUGAAGCUUUGAAAAAAGCCGGAUUAAAAACUACUGAUAUCGAUAUUUAUGAAAUUAAUGAAGCUUUCGCAAGUUAAGCUUUAUAUUGUUGUUAAAAAUUAGGAUUAGAUAUGAAAAAAGUUAAUCCUAAAGGAGGUGCUAUUGCAUUAGGCCAUCCUUUAGGAUGCACAGGAGCUAGAUAAAUUGCUACUCUAAUUCCUGAAUUGAAAAGAUAAAAAGCAAAAUAUGGUGUUGUUUCUAUGUGUAUUGGAUCUGGUAUGGGAGCUGCUGCAGUUAUUUAAAAUGAAUAAAAUUGAAUAAUUUUUUUUUUAUAUUAAAUUUGGAUAUUAUUUUUUUUUUAUUUUUUAUUUUUUAUUUUUUUUUUCUUUAUUUUUUAAAAACAAAUUACUUAUGUUUUAA